UGCUCCGCCGUGAAGCGGUGUCCGUAGCAACAGCACAGGAAGUGGCGCGCAACUGUUGAAAAACUGUCACACAACAAACAGAGGAGGAGAUUUGGAUAAUACUGAACUUCUGCAGCGGGCAGACUGUGGACACACAGCUUAACACAACCUUAAAGUGCUCUUUACUCACCGGAGUGUGUCUUUGUGACCUGAAACAUGUCGUUCGUGAGAGUGGGGCGUCCACAACAACACCCCAAAGGAAAAAGGCCUGUCCGCCCCAAGAAAGCAGCAGCAGCCUCCAGGAGAGAGUGGGUGAGCACCGUCACUGAUCUGUCUGUGCACAAGCUGACACCUGCAGAGCUGAGCCAUCGGCAUGAGAUUCACAAGUCCCACAACAAGGCUGCGGCGCAGUGGGAGCUCAGAGAGAAAGCCCUCGCACGCCGUCUCAGACACCCUGGAAGCCCUGCACCUCUCGACCAGGCCAGCCUCAGCAUCAUUAGGGAGGUGUUCUCUGACCAGCUGCUGCUGCAGGAUGUGCUGGCUCGCUCUGACAGAGCCAUGGCUGUGGUCAAAGACUUGUUUGGAGACGCUCCGCGCAGGCAGACUGGACACCCCAGUGUGACGAUGGCUCCAUACUGUGAAUCUGACUCAGCGUUGCCUGUGUUUCAGAGACCAGAUCCUCCAACUCAGCUGUCACUGCUUAGUCAGUCUAUGAUGGACCAGCAGGCUCUUAACGAAGUAGAAGCUUCAGAGGACGACUACAGCGACGAAGAUACCUGUCCUAGAGGCCGUUCAGACUAUCAUGUAAUCCAAAGGUCCAAUCUACGAAAAAUGAAGGCACAGUCUCGGGGUAGAUCGAUACAGCAACAGAAAAUCCAUCAUGCCAACUCUGACCAGGUAGACAGAGAUAAUGUUCCAGUAACCCCCUGUGCUUCAGGCACAGCACCAGACCAAACAGCUCUCAAUGCCACAGUCGCUGUCCAGCGUGUUCGGUCCAGACAGCAGCAGUCAGAGGAAGGCAAGGAGGAACCAUCAGUCCUGGUUUCUCAGGUCCUCAACCCUGAGAUGCCACUCAACCAGUCAGGCAGGAUCAGUAGUAAUGCCAGAAGAACCAGGAAAUGUGUUUCUCAGAGUUCGGAGAUGAAUGGCUCCUCUGUAGCUUCUCUCAGCGGAGACCAGUCCAGUCUGGGCCUGCUGCAGGCCAUGUUGGGUCAGGUGGAGGCAGACUUAGAUACUCUGAGUCCUGACACUCAACCAGCUUCAGCACAGAGUCAAAAACAGCAAAGAAAACAAAGCCUCACUGGAUUCUCUGUCGCCUUGGUCUCCACUCUGGGGCGUUUAGUGCACCUCCUCAAACAGAGAGAAGAAGAAGCUCACAAAGAGGCUCAGGAGAGGAGAAGACUGGAGGACGAGUUGAGGGAGCAACGUGGGCUCAUCGAUGCUCUCACCGCUGAGACGAUGACUCUGAGAGAAGAGGCCGCUGCCCUGCAGGCCGGGUUGCAGCAGCAGACAGCAGAGCUGGAGCAGAAAUUGGACACAGUGGUAUUGGUGAUGGGAGGACUUGGACUAUUGGAGGCUUACGCUGACCCACACCAAGACUCUGAUGUCAAAGCUGCAGGUUGUCAGUCUGCACCAGUUCUUGAGCGAGAUCCUGAGCGACCACGAGCCUCUGUUUCUCCUGCCGUGUUGCUCUCCCCCCCUCGACAGAGCGACAACUGGCAACAGAUUUCUGUGACUCAUCCUAUACAGUUGCACCAGGAGCUUCCUCCUCUACGUGUCCCACAUUCCCGUGAAGACCUCCAGUCCCACAGAUCAGCCUCCAGCCUCACCAGCCUUCCUCUCACCAGCCUGGCCUCCACUUCCUCAUUAUCGCUGACCUCUGACCCUCUCAGUGCACAGCUCUCCCCAGAGGCCAUGCUGGCUGAGAUCGCUCAGCUGAGUAGACAGAACGAAUUGAUCAAGGCCCAGCUUAGCCAGGCUAAGGGCCGGGGGUCAGGGGUCGGAGGAUCGCCUAACAGUAGCAACGGGCAGAAAAGGUUGAGCUCCAGCAGCGCAGGAAGAGUCACACCGGAAAAUGUUGGAGAGAGGAGGCCGUCGUUUUCCAGCAGCACAGGGAGGAAGAGUCAGCAUGUCCCAUCUGCUGAAGGAGAACAACUGACCAAUCAGGCACCGUCACCAAACACCUUCAGUGUGAGCAGCGUGGAACAGCGCCUGCUGGAGCUAAACAGACAAAGUGCUGCAGCGAGGGGUCGACUGCUGGAGCUCAUCGACCAACAGAAACAAAGUGUUUCGGCCAAAGUUUCUCCCUCUGAUUCACCCGUCCCUCCCUCUGCCUUCAGCCCACAAUCAGCAGGUGGAGGAAGUCCAGAGGUGUCCAUACUGCUGCCUGAACAGCAGCUGCUGUCUCGGACUGAUAGUGGUGAGAGACGAUACACUGGAUCUGAAGCGUCUUCUCACAGUCUUGGAGGAGAAACAAGGGAUGGCAAAACACAGGUGGAGAAACGCAGAGAGCGAGAGGGGUGGUUCUCCCUGUCCGCUCAUGUGAGAUGACAAGAAGAGAAUUAAAUCAAAGGACAUUUAAAAACUGUUUUUAAUAUUUUAUCUAUGUAUUUUUAAAUGACUGAAUUAAAGUUUUUAU